AGAUUCAAACCAGAGAUAGCUAGGGCUUGAGAGAGAGGAAUCUGCGAAUGAAACCAAAUAAUCUUUCUUAAUAUGGUUAUUUCCAUGAUUCUAGUUUAGAUUGAACUGACUGCGUUUUGGAGUUUGCUGUUUUCAGCAAAAAAAAAUUGCAAGCUACAGAUCCUAAAGUGUUUGUGAAAAAUGAUGGGAGCUGAUAAUCAUGCACUAUCUUCUCUCACUUCAUCUUCUUCGUCCAUCCGAGCCAGUUACAGCCAAAACCCUAACCCUACCCCAAAUCCAGCCAAGAGAAAGAGAAACCUCCCUGGAAACCCAGAUCCGGACGCAGAAGUGAUAGCUAUGUCCCCAAAGUCUCUAAUGGCGACCAACCGCUUCAUAUGCGAAAUCUGCAACAAGGGUUUCCAGAGAGACCAGAACCUGCAGCUUCACAGGAGAGGGCACAACCUGCCAUGGAAGCUGAAGCAGAGAAGCAGCAAGGAGGUGGUGAGGAAGAAGGUUUACAUAUGCCCAGAGAAGAGCUGUGUGCACCACCACCCUUCUAGGGCUCUUGGAGACUUGACUGGAAUCAAGAAACACUUUAGUAGAAAACAUGGGGAGAAGAAGUGGAAAUGUGAUAAAUGCUCCAAGAAAUAUGCUGUUCAUUCUGACUGGAAAGCCCAUAAUAAGAUUUGUGGUACUAGAGAGUAUAAAUGUGACUGUGGAACUCUCUUCUCUAGAAAGGAUAGUUUUAUCACACACAGAGCUUUUUGUGAUGCUUUAGCAGAAGAAAGUUCAAGAUUCACUUCACUUAGAUCCCCCAAUCAGACCUGUCGACAGGAUCUAUUCAACAGCUCCGCCGCCGGCGGUGGCUUAUUUUCAUCAGCCCUCCAACAUUAUCAAUUUGAGUCUCAUUUCUCUAGGAUGCCACCGCCUUGUCACGACUUAAUGGGCGGUGGCGGCGGCGGCGGUGGUUGCUUUGACUCCGCGAGUCAACUCACUCUAGAUGGUCAAAAACCUAGGUAUCCCCUGUGGCCGGACUCUGCCGCCGCCUAUUCUCGUGACGGUCAACAUCAUAUGACACUUCCUCAAGAGAUGUUUUUGUGGAGUGGCGGCAAUCCGACGUCGCCAUCCAACGCGUCGACAUUGCCGCCAGAUCCAAGGGAAGAAGAUCCCAUGCGGGGCGGGAUGACGACCCCGUCUUUGUUUUACAACCAAAGCCGAGAAGCGCCGCCGCCGGUGACGGGAUUGUAUACGUCGGCGACGGCGCUGCUCCAGAAGGCGGCUCAAAUGGGGUCAAGGAGGAGCAAGGAGUCAGCAGCAUUGUUUGGGAUGAAUGAAUUUGGGCUGACGUGUCCGGCCACCAUGUCUGCUGGUUCUAGCAUUCACGGCUGCUUCAACGACAUUGCCGGAAGUACCGCCGGCAAAGCUCUUCAUCAAGAUCAUCAAAACAUUCUUGGGAACUCGAGAAUGGCGGUUAAUGGUGAAGGUAACAACAACAGCAAUGGCUUGUGGAUGAUGAUUAAAAACAAGGGAAACCAACAUGAUCAAAUAGUGGAUUUGAGUUUGACUAGGGAUUUUCUUGGCGUAGGUGGGAUUCACGAAAGUAAGCACCUUUUCGGACAGAAUGAUUUAGCCGAAUUGAGUUUUUGUUAAUGGAUCUCACUUUUUAAUUUGUUUUUGUGAUCAUAAUAAUGAAGUGUCACACUAAUGUCAUCUAUACGAGUGUAGGUACUUGGAUACUUAAUUUGUUAUUUAAAUUUCCUAUGAUAAUUUAUAGAGGCUAGCUAGGAUGGUGUAAUGCGACGGUUACAUCAGGGGCGGACCGUAGUAGAAAUCCAGUGGCAGUCGCCCCCCCCCCCCCCAACAAAUUUUUUUUUGCAGCGUGUAUACGAUAGUAUAUACUAAAAAAUUAUUUUCGUCCUCCCAAAAAAUAUUUUUUUAAGUUACCGCCCUCCCAAGAUAAAUUUUCUGGUUCCGCCCCUGUGCAUAAUUGCAUACCCAAACUCUUGUAGUCUUGUUAUUAUAUCUAGGUAUCUUUGACAGGGGCGGACUCAGGAAAUUCAUGUUGGGGGUUCAAAAUAUUUUUUGGGGGCAAAAAUUAUUUUUUGAGGGGCGAAAAUUAUUUUUCUUAUAAAUAUACACAAAAAAAAAAUUGUUGGAGAGGCGGUAGCCCCCUAGAUUUGUAUUACGGUCCGACCCUGAUCUUUGCUCAAUGAAAAAAAGUAUGUUUUUGAAUAUUCGACUGGUCCUGGGAAUAAAGGUGUGCUAUUAGCCUAUUAUGUUGUGUGUCUCUUUUAGCUAGAAUUUUAGGUCUAUUUAAGUUUAGAUUCAUUGAAAUUUUGAUUCAUUGGUUUAAACGAGGAAUUUAAUGAAAG